AUGACCUUCUUCGACUGGUGGGGCUUCCUCGGGACAGGCGUCCAGAGCAUUUUCGCAUGGAUGACCUUCAAUCGAGAUGGCUUUGCAGACAACGUAACGUGGCGUCAGGCGCAGAAGUACCAGCAGAAGAACUACAACAUCAGUUGGAUUGCCAUCGCCCGCGACGACAUACGCGAUAUGAUGGGGAUCUCUGUCAAUCGCAUCAACAACUACAUGAUCGUCGCCACACUUAUUCUGAGCGUGGCUGCAGGCUCGAUCGUCAGCGUUUCUUUCAGCCCGGACUGUCCGGCCUUCGUGUGCUUUGCUUUCUACCUCAGCACCAGCAUUUCAGUGAUUUACUUGAUGUUGUCCAUCAUGUUCGGUGUGAAGGGCCAGAACUCGGCCUUCACAAACACGAUGAAGCUGCUGACCUACCAGGUUCGCCCAGAAAACCCGGCAGAGUACAGCCACGACUACAUGAAGCAGGCCCAGUGGGUCGAGCGAAAUGGUCUGGCGGCUCUCUUCCGUAUCCCGGGGAUCAUGCCCUCCUACAACACCGAUGCCCAGAAGGACAAGCUCAAGAGCAUCACGGAGCACAUGGAUGACUUCGCCGAGCGAGAAGGUGGAAAGGGCCUGAAAGCACGUGGCAAGAAAAAGAAGAAGCAGGAACACCUUGGGAGUCCCGCGCAUGAGCCGGACGACUAUGAUGACGACGAUGAUCUCGUGAACCUGGAGGAGGCGACACCUCUGGAGUCUCUGGUCAUGCGGACUUCCCACACGUGGUACCUUACGAAGUUUGCAGAGUUCAUGAGGCUGUGGCACCCAUAUGACCUUUACUCAAAGUAUGCCAUGGGUCUUGGCAUUCUUUGUCUUGGCCACAGCAGCGCCUACUUCGCACUGGGAUAUCUUGCUGUGCAAGAUUAUUCGCUCAGCGAGUAUGCCGCAGCGAUUGUCACACUCGCCUUCAUCCUCAUGGUGGGACUCAUCAUCAACAGCAACUUCCGAUCAGGGAGCACUCACUUGCGUCUCCUGGUCGUUCUCACGGUCUCUCUUGCACCAGGCUGCUCAACUGUUGCAGCGGUGACAACCAGCGAGGUUGCCCAGCAGAUCCUGGUGCCGUCUGCCUUCGCAGCUCACUUCCUCUUCUGGAUGUUGGUCUACGUCUUCGCUUUGCGCGUGCAGGAGUCGGACAUUCACUUCCACCGACCUGGCGAGGGAUUCUGGGGAUCGCACCAUGGCUCCCCGGAGGCCCACCCGGACUGGACAGCAACAGAAUCGGCGACAGACCUGGAAAGUGGGUCGGCACAGUCGCUGCGCCGCAGUGCUACCUGCGCUGCUGAUGCUUCGAUGCAGGUAACAGGCCGUGCUGCACCCAGAAGGCGCCAAAGUUGUCACCCCGUUUGGCGGCUCGUUUCCCUUUGCGGUGACGUGGCAAGGCUGGAUGAUGAAGACUUCUCCACGGAAGAAAGGAGAAGAGGUCGGCUGAAACGCAAGAAGACGUCGUUGCCGGAAGGGUCGUACGACCAUGCGCACGACCUCUCUGGUUGGCCCACAGAUGAAGAUGAGUUCACCUGGCGAGCUGAGCACACACGCUCUCAGAUCAGGAGCACCGCUCACUCCACCAUCUUGGCGAGCGCACUCUUGUGGCUGGCGAUGCUCGUCUGGGCCAUCCUAACGUACUGGCUGGCAAAGCCGGUGAGCCAGUGGCAGUACGCCGUGCUAUCAGAGGAGCAGCCCGAAAUAGCAUGGCCCAGCCCGCUUUUCAGGCCAACUUUGCUGGCCUGUGCCGGCGGCAUGACUGCUGUCUCCGACGGGUUUCGGAUCUAUUCGCUCAGCCUCCGAGGAGGUCGAGCACAACCCGUAUCCUGCCCCGGCUUGACAGGAAGCAUCCGGGAUCUCAGCAUUGCAUGUGAUCCCGAGGGUUGCAGUGCUGUGGCCCUCAUAGAGUCGGCGGUGGUGCACUGCAAGCUGGGCGCUGUUCCCAUCCAGGGCGCCUCGCUGCAGUUCUUCAGUUUCUUCGAGGGCAGCUCGUCUGCCAACUUCACGGACCAACAGCUGCUGGGUGGAGAAGCGGACAAGCUGGUGUUGUACGGUCGGUCCAACGAUGCGAGUAUCUGGCAGCCAGAAGCUUUUUGGGGACGCCUCGGCUUCCUUGCAGAGCUGGGUGGCAUCGAGAGCAGGAGUCUUCGCCCUGGUGAAGGACUUCUGGCCUUAGACACUUCCGAGCUGAAUGACCUGGUAAUCGUGCGGCGCCUCGCGACUCCCAGGCAAGGAGUGCACACCCCGGCCCUUCGCACCUUAGAGACUGGAGCCUGCGUCCUGGACGUCGAUCCCCCCACUGCCCGCAACAUCCUAUCGUACGACUGGGCUCGGGCACUGAAAGCUGCCUAUCCAAGCAAGCAGGUCGAGCUUCGGCUUGUGACUGUUUGGGUUACCAUGAAGACUUUGGACGACAUCCUGGAUCGAAACCAACGCCGCCUGGAGGCUCAGGGGCUGCUUGACUCGGUGGUUCGCAAGCAGCUCGGUCCUUUGCGCACGCAGGUCACCUCAGACAUGGAGUGGGCUCUCACCAGCGGCAAGAUCGAUUUCACAGUGAUCAACGAGGACGUGGAUGCCAGUAUGAAGGAGAUCGUCAAAGCAUCAGA